AGCCGUGAGGGACAGAUCAGGUCAAAACAAGACACAGCAGCAUUAACUAUGGCUGUAUUGGAAAUCCAAGAGUGACAAAGGAGGAGGAUCUACAUGCAGCCAAGCAAAGAAGGAGCAAAGUACACAGAAAUAGGACUUCAGACCUGAUGUUUGAAGGCCUGCUACUAAUUCUAUACUUCAUCGAGAGGAAUAAUUAUGCGGAAAAUUAUCCUGAAAAGUCCAAAAGACGUGAUGAGCAAAGAGAGUCCUGAGUUGACUUCAUAGGGAAGUUGGAGUGUGCAUCAGUAAUAAUGGCUUGAUACCAUUUUUAACUAUGGACGGACUUGUUGUUCUAGUAUUUUUUCUGCCAUUAUGUCAGCCUGUGUGGAUGUUUGAGGUCCCCUUGGAAGUCAAACAGCCUCCAACCAUCACCAAGCAGUCUCUGAAAGAACACAUUGUUGACCCAAAGGAGACUAUGGUCAUAGAGUGUGAGGCUAAAGGAAACCCCUAUCCCAUUUUCUCUUGGAGGCGCAAUGGGAAAUAUUUCAACGUUGCACGUGACUCCCAGACGUCGAUGCGCAGGCGCUCAGGGACGCUGGAUAUUUACGCCAAGUACAAUCCCGAACAGUACGAAGCAGAGUAUCAGUGCAUUGCUUCCAAUCAGUAUGGGUCUGCGUACUCCAACAAAAUUAGACUCAUGCUUUACAGAGCUCCAGUGUGGCCAAGGGAGAUCCAGGAGCCUGUGGUGGUCAGUGCAGGUUUACCUCUGGUCCUGCCAUGUGAUCCCCCGGCCGGCCCCCCGAAACCUGAAACCUACUGGAUGAAAAGCUGCUCCUAUGCCAGACCAUUUAACUGGCCCGUUCAGACGGCGUUCCCCACCAUGAAGGCUGUGCCCCAGGACCGCAGAGUUUCAAUGGGUGUCAGUGGAGAUCUGUACUUCUCCAAUGUCCUGUUCAACGACUCUGUGUCUGACUUCUGCUGUAACACGCGUUUCCCGUACAAGAACAUGAUCCAGCAGAAGAUGCCUGUGGUCGUGAAGGUGCUAAUUGCACGCUCAGUGGUAGAGGCUGCCCCCACCUGGCUGUCCCCUGUCGGUUCAUCCAGCUCUGUGCUGGUGCUGCAGGGGGAGGAGCUGCUGCUGGAGUGUAUAGCUGCAGGCAUGCCCACUCCUCAUAUCACUUGGACUAAAAAUGGCGGAAGUCUGGAUGUGACUUCACGAAUGAAAGUCAAGAAUUUUAACAAGUUAAUUCAAAUCCCAAAGGCUGCUUUUGAAGAUGCUGGUGAAUACAUUUGCAGAGCCACUAAUAAGCUGGGCUAUAUUGAGCACAUCAUAACAGUUAAGGUCAAAGCGGCUCCUUUCUGGUUGGAAAAACCCACUAAUUUGAUCUUGGCUCCUGAGGAAAAUGGACGUCUAGUUUGCCAAGCGGACGGUGUACCUCGUCCCACUAUUGAAUGGUUUAUAAAUGGAGAACCUAUUGAAUUCGCCACCCACCAGCCCAACAGAGUGGUCUCAGGAGACGCUCUUAUCUUUCGCAGUGCAACAGUAGAAAACACUGCUGUCUAUCAGUGUAAUGCAUCCAAUCAAUUUGGCUAUCUACUGGCCAACGCUUUUGUCAAUGUUCUCCAUGCCACACCUCGUAUCCUUAGUCCCAGAAGUGAGUACCUUAAGGUGAUCGAGGGCACACACGCCUUUUUAGACUGUCUCUACUUUGGAUCUCCACUGCCUGAAUUACGAUGGUCAAAAUAUGGACAGGGGAAUCUAGAAGGCAAUCGAUUUAAGACCCACAGAAAUGGCACUCUGCAGAUAAAUCGCAUUCGAAUCGAGGACCAGGGGACGUACCUCUGUGUGGUCAGUAACAUCGCAGGAAGAGAGGAGAGCCAAGUUCAGGUCGAGGUUAAAGAGCCUACAGUAAUUGUCACAAAGCCCCAGAAUACAAAGGUAAUACGUGGAACAGAUGUGCGUUUAGAGUGUGUGGUUAAAUCUGACUCUACUGCAUCUGUCACUACAACCUGGAUGAAAGAUAAGAGAUACGUCACUCUCGGCUGGAGAUUUAACAUGGAGGAAGCAAAUCUGCUCAUCAAUAAUGUAAACAGGGGUGAUGAGGGGAACUACACGUGCAUAGCUAAAGGAGAACUGGAUCAAAAGUCUGCAUCAGCACAGCUACUGAUCAUGGAUCGGCCUGACCCUCCCACUGAUUUACAGCUGUCAGAUCCAUAUGAACGAACUGUGAGACUGACGUGGGUUCCUGGAGACAGUAACCACAGUCCAAUCACAGAGUAUUUGGUGCAGUACGAUGAUGAUGACUGGUUACCCUGGAAGUGGAGAAAUCUGUCGUCGUAUCCUGGCAACCUCAAUUCUGUGAUACUGCACCUCAUCCCCUUCACGUACUACGAGUUUCGAGUGAUAGCCGUCAACGAAAUUGGGCCAAGUCGUCCCAGUCGCUCCUCCUCCCGUUUCCAGAGCAGUGGUGCACCCCCAGAUGUUAUACCAAAAAAUCUAAAAGGUGUGGGGACAUGGAGGAAUAACAUGGAAAUCAGCUGGGAGCCUCUGUCCUAUCGAGAGUGGAACGGGCCUCACCUCAAAUAUUUGGUUUGGUGGAGAAGGAGAGAUUCCAGAGAAGAAUGGAAAAACGCUACUACAAAAUGGUUGAGAUACUACAUUUACGAUGCCGAUACUUUUACUCCAUAUGAGCUCAAGAUUCAAGCUGUCAAUGAAUUUGGGCUGGGGCCAGAGUCGCCUGUGGUCAUUGGCUACUCUGGAGAGGAUCGUCCAGUUGCAGCCCCCCUGAACCUGAGAGUGUCAGACAUUGAAAGCACUCAGGUCACUCUGCAUUGGGACACGGUCGACAAAAGCUCUAUUAUGGGUGAACUAAAAGAAUACAAGGUUUAUUACUGGAGAGACAGCAGCCAGUUGAGGUGGCACAGAGUCAACAGAGGCAUGAAGUCCAAAUCAUUUCCAGAUGACAGCCCAGAGCCCUCUGGAGUCCUCACUGAUCUCAUCCCCUACAGCAACUACAAGAUGUACAUUGUGGUGGCCAACAGUCGCUAUGAAGGACCGGCCAGUAAUUACAUCCACUUCUCCACACCUGAAGGGGUACCAUCUGUUCCAAAGUCUUUCCGGAUCCAACAGCGACAUCUGGACAGUAUUUACGUUGACUGGGAGCUGCCAGCAGAGCCCAAUGGAGUUAUCACUGGGUACUCCCUUAAGUACCAGACAGUGAACGCCACCAGAGGAGAGGAGCUGCGGGUCGAGGAGUUUCCUCCAAAUGUCACUAGUUUUUCCAUUCGUCGCUUUGACCGUUACACACGCUACCGCUUCUCCAUCGCAGCCCGCACUCGGAUUGGGCUCGGGGAAUGGUACACGGAGGAGUCGCCCCACUACACCACUGAAAUUUAUGCUCAGGACCAGGUGGACAUCACGACUCAGGGCUGGUUCAUCGGGAUCAUGUGUGCUGUGGCGCUGCUUGUUCUCAUUUUACUGAUCGUGUGCUUCAUCAAGAGGAGCCGAGGAGGAAAAUACCCAGUUCGAGAAAAGAAAGACAUUUCUCUGGAGCCAGUUGACAACAAAGAACCAGAAGGAUCAUUUGAUUAUAGGAAUCUUGAAAGAAUAACCCGCGUGGCAAUUUUGCCUUAUCACCCUCGACGGGAGGAAGAACGAGGGAUUCAGAGAGGGCAGCCAUCUUUGGAGUCCAUGAUGAAGCGCUCGUACAGUGAUGACAGUUUAGUGGACUACAGUGAAGGAGGAGAGAACCCCUUUAACGAGGAUGGCUCCUUCAUUGGGCAGUACACAGGAGCCAGGAGGGACGUACGGGACCUGGACUUUAGUGGAGGCCUCAACAGCAUCUACUCCCUGGCAUAAAAACUCAACCAAGACAGAGGCGGGAGGAAUAUUAUCUGACAUGUUGGUUUUUUUUUAGAAUAUGUAGUUUUCAGUAAUAAAUUGAAUAUUUUGUUACACAUUUUUGAAACCAUAAAAACUGCCAAUAGUAA